AUGGGAUCUUCCUCCGAUAUCGUCCCCGACGGAUCUUCCCUCGACCGCAAUGACUCCGGGAACCACCACUCUCCCGCCGACGAUGCCUCUCCGAAAAUUCCCCCGGAGGAGCCGACGACGCUCAGGAGGACGCGGCCUUCACGCGCUUGCACUGUUAGGGCGCAGCAGCGGCUUCAAGAGCAACAAGCGGCGGAGAGGAAGCUCAAGCUGCCUAAGAAAGAGUAUAAACGUGAGCAUCGACGGAGAGAAGAGGUGGAGGAAGAGGACGAUGUGGACGAUCAAGAGGAAGAGGAUGAGGAUGACGGAGAUGAGAAUCCGCAGCAAUGCGCUGGAGGAAGUGCUGGAGGAAGUUCCAGUAAAAUCGUUACUUCCCUUGUUCCGCCACCGGAAGCUUCGCAGAUGCCGCGGUGGAAUCUUCGUUCCAUGUGGGAACUUGCUUCCGUACUCAAUUUCAUGCAUGUUUUUAGACCGCUUCUGAAAAUCAAUGCGGAGUUUUCAGCUGAGGAGUUUGAAACGGCUCUGCUGACUCCAAACGACACUUUAAGUGAUAUUCAUAUUCCUCUGCUAAAGGGUAUUCCUCCUGUAACUCGAAUGGCCCUCACACGUGACACCUGGGUCACUGUCUUGUGCAGAAAAAUAAGAGAUUCCUGGCAUUGGGUCGCAGAUGGGGACCUUCCUAUAGUUGCCUCGCAAGGGCGGGAGAUUGAAAUGUACAAAUCUCUUGAUCCAGCCACUCGUGUGUUGAUUUUGAAAGCUUUAUGUGAUAUUCGUGUUGAGCAAGACGAUAUCAGGGGAUACAUUGACAACUCUCUCAAAACUGGUGUUCACCUUUCAGUUUUUCGCAAAGAUCGCGUUGGGGGUGAUUCGCAUGGAGUUAAUUUUUGGUAUGAGGAUGAUCCCUUAAUUGGUCACCGUUUGUAUCGGGAAAUAAGGAAAGCAGAGGCGGUGAAGGUCAAAACAAAGGGUUCCAGGAUCCUUCCUAACGUAACAUACCAAUGGGAAACUGUUGCCACUAAUUUUGAUGAAUUCCAAGACGUUUCUGAAAAACUUCUUUCAAGUAGUAGUAGAGUUGAAGUUUCUCUAGGGAAGAAGUUAAUGAGAGAUAUGCUUCCUGAGAUAGAAAAAGAACACAAGAGGAAAGAAAAAUUGCUGAAAAAGCAACAUAGGCAGGCUCUUCUUCUUGAUAACUACAUGGUUGUUGACGGUCUUGGUGGUGGCCGUUCUCUCCGUGAUAGGAAGCCAGUUACAUACACUUUUGAUGAUUAUGAUAGGUCGAUAAAUGAAGCUAUCAAGACAACAAAGAAGAAACAUCCAUCACCUGAACCUCCUCUCCACAGAAGAGAAUCAGCCAGAUUGGACGCUCUUGCGAAUGGCAGACCGACCAGUUCAACCCACCCUACGGAGCCUGUUAACGAUACAGCAUCCGGAAGAUCUUCUGAUUUUGCUGAUUAUGAUGAUUUCGAUGAGCAGAGAGAUGAAUCCAUGGACAGAAGUAACAGGCGCAGGCAACGGCCCCAGCGGUAUUCAGCUACAGACUAUGUUGAAACUGUGUCAGACAAUGAUGUAGCAUAUGAAAGCGAUGAUGACAUUGUUGGGGAAGCAGUGUACGAUGAAGAAUAUCUGAGGAAGCGUAAACAGAAGAAGUUUUCUAGUGGUUCUGAGGGAGAGGAAGAGAAGGGAGAUGAUGAAGAGUACAAAUGGGAUGAAGACAAUGCUGAGUACGAGGAGGAGGAAGAGGAAGAAGAAGAAGAAGAUUCUCCAAGUGCUAGCGAAGAAGAUAGUGAUGCACCCCGGAGGGUUAAGAAAAUGCCACGGAGGGAAACUAAGAAAAGAUCGAGGUCAAAUGACUUCCGGCCAGGCCUGAGACGCAGUAAAAGAGCUACAAGAGUCGAUUAUCAACAAUAUGAGUUCUCAGAAUCAGACAAAGAAGCAACAGGAUCGGCAAAACGUAAGCGAUUGGUUGAGCCAGAUGAGCCAGAUGAAGAACAUUCUGAUGAUUCAGGGAACGGGGAUUUCACAAUGGGAAGUCAGGACUCUGAAGAAGCUGCAAAUGACCCAGAAACAAAGUCUGGUGAAGAAGAAGUAGAAGAAGAGCCCAGAGAGUUCAAUAACAGCAAUGCAGAGAUGGCAAAUGGUGAAGAGAACAAUCAGCUGAACAAAUCAAACGGCACAGACCAAGAAGAAAUCGAGGGUGUAGUAGGCAAAAGGCGUUACCUCGACCUGAACGAGCUUGCUCCUGUAUCUGGUUUUGAUGAUGGUCCAAGUACAGUAAUGAAGGAUGAUGAUAAGACAGACAAUUCAUAA